UUAUUUUGUUAACUUUACGGGUGAGGCUGUAAUGAAAAGUUUUUAUAUGGUCAAUUUUGUAACUGAAACUAACAGAAUUCAACCAUACAGAUUAAAAAGAAACCACUGGGUGUAUAAAUAGAUGGGGACAUCCAAUGAUCCAAAGCUGUGCAUUGAACACCAACAGAUUCGAGAAAGGAGCUAAAUUUAGGAGAAAGGUCUCCAAAUAUAGCUCCAAUAGGUGUGGCCACAAUUUGAGUCAGUUUUAUGAGAGUAGUGCUGUAUAAAUAAAAACAAACCAUUGUUAAGCUUUUGUUUUGUCAAGCUGAAAGGGUGUAAGUUCUGAGAUCAAAUGGCCUCUCCAUUCUCUGUCUCUGUCCUUGCUAUUGCGUUGCUGCUUGGUGUUGCCUCUGCAUAUGACCUUGAGAGUCUUGAAUCGAUUAAGUUUGGAUAUACUGGUGCUGAGGGACCCGAUUCCUGGGGAAGUUUGAGUCCACAUUUUUCAGCCUGUUCAUCUGGGAAGCUCCAGUCUCCUGUCAACAUUCUGAAGAAUGAAACAGUCAGUAAUCGCAAUCUGAAGCCCUUGACCAGGGCUUACAAACCUGCUAAUGCUACUCUGGUCAACAAUGGCUUCAACAUUGGGAUACACUAUGAACAAAAUGUGGGAGUGUUGUUGGUAGAUGGCAAAAAUUACACCUUGAAGCAAAUGCACUGGCAUUGUCCUUCUGAGCACCAGAUUAAUGGAGAACAAUUCGCUGCUGAACUUCAUUUGGUCCACCAGGACAACGACGGCAACUUUGCAGUUGUGGGAAUCCUCUACUCCUAUGGUAAUGCAGAUCCAUUUGUCUCUAAGUUGAAGACUUCUUUGGAUAAACUCGCGAACGAGCAGUGUGGAAGUGACGAAGAGGCACACGUUGCACUCGGCACCAUCGACACUAAGCAGAUUAGGAAAAACUCUCGCAAGUACUACAGAUAUAUGGGUUCUCUCACAACUCCUCCAUGCAGUGAGAAUGUCAUCUGGAACAUCCUUGGCAAGGUGAGAACAAUCUCAAAGGAGCAGGUGGAGGCACUAGAAGCUCCAUUGGACUCGGUUUGCAAGAAGAAUGCAAGGCCUCCACAGCAACUGAAUGGGAGAAAUAUUGAGCUAUAUGAUGAAACGGGCGACGACUAAAUCAUAUCUCACCCACUAAACUGAAUUAAUCAAUUUCCCUUCUGUGAAAGAAAAAUGGAAUGAGUUGCUUUUGUAUUAUUUCAUCUUACAUGUUAUUAUGUAUA